AUGGGCAACAGGCAGACGGUGCAGCCGCUGAUUGGGGGGCCGAGAACCUUCUACCUUGUCUCGGGCGGGCCGAGAAUCCGAUACGUUGGCCACCCGUCCAGUGCCGGUCCGCUCAUCUUCCACAUUGAAACGGAUCUCAUGGACGACAAUGAGGCUGUGGACCGUGCGGAGACGAUUCAGCUGCCAGUGGCUGUUCCGUCAAGGCAGAAAUUUAGACUGGUGCAAUUGGACUCGAAGAAUAGGGAAUCUGGUUUUCUGCUCUCUUUUUCGAUUGCCAUGUCGGAGCCGGGGCAGACGCUUCGGGUACUCGCAGGCGUGGACAUUGAAUAUCGCGCCGGGGAAGGGGUGCAGUUGAUGCAGUCGGAGAAGAGUCAAAACCCCUUUUGUUUAUUGGAGUUUGUCUCACCGGAAGAAUUCCGGGAGGAAAUUGAAGUUAGCGAGGUGCUGCAUCCUGAAAAGCUUAACAAGGCCAUCUUUAGGUAUUCUGAAAACGGGGCAAGGCGCCUGACGUACGCACCGAUUGCCAUUGAACUUGUGUAUGAGGCGCCCACCGACAGAACCCCAUCUAAAAGCCCAGAUUGCAUUAGCCCGCCCUCUGUCAAAUCUGCCUUCGCGUCCAGACAGGAGUGCGAGAACAGCAUGAGCCACAACAGCCAUGCUUCUUUCGCGGCGACGUUGCUUCCACAGAGCGAGCGAAUGGUACAGUACACCUUUCUGGAUAUUCCCGAAGGUGCUCUGGGGCGUACAAAGGUGUCGUUGUUGCCAAAAAGCGAACCACAGGAAGGAGCAGCGCGGAUUGUGUAUGAAGCAAAGAUUCUGCGGCAGCUUUUGCAACACGGUACACAGGUGUAUGAGUUGGACGAUGUGUUUGACCUUGGUGGUGAUGGGAGUGACAAUAACCUUGACGGCAACGAUGAAGAAGAGGAAGAAAUAGAUCUUUGCGUCAUUUGCUUAUUGAACCCAAAAGACACAACUCUUCUUCCGUGUCGUCAUAUGUGCCUCUGUUACGAGUGCGCUAGCAUUUUGCGAUUUCAGCAAAACAACCGGUGCCCUGUUUGUCGCUCCAACAUUGACCGUGUCAUGACACUCUGA